GUGACGUCUGUAAUGCUGAGACAGAUUCGGGAGAGAUUUGAGUAAAUCGUACCGUGAGCUGGACAAGGGUCGUGUCGCCGAUAUGAGCUGCACCAUCGAAAAGAUCCUGACAGACGCCAAGACGCUGCUGGAGAGGCUGCGGGAGCACGAUGCGGCCGCCGAGUCGCUGGUGGAUCAGUCGGCGGCCCUGCACCGGCGGGUGGCGGCUAUGCGCGAGGCGGGGACGGCGCUUCCGGACCAGUAUCAAGAGGAUGCAUCCGAUAUGAAGGACAUGUCCAAAUACAAACCUCACAUUCUGCUGUCCCAAGAGAACACACAGAUUAGAGACUUGCAGCAGGAAAACAGAGAACUGUGGGUUUCCUUGGAGGAACACCAGGAUGCUUUGGAACUCAUCAUGAGCAAGUACCGGAAACAGAUGUUACAAUUAAUGGUUGCUAAAAAAGCAGUGGAUGCUGAACCAGUCCUGAAAGCUCACCAGUCUCACUCUGCAGAAAUUGAGAGUCAAAUUGACAGAAUCUGUGAAAUGGGAGAAGUGAUGAGGAAAGCAGUUCAGGUGGAUGAUGACCAAUUUUGUAAGAUUCAGGAAAAACUAGCCCAGUUAGAGCUUGAAAAUAAGGAACUUCGAGAAUUAUUAUCCAUCAGCAGUGAGUCUCUUCAGGUCAGAAAGGAAAACUCAAUGGACACUGCUUCCCAAGCCAUCAAAUAACUGAACUCUGAUGGCUAGAGAUUAUCUAUCAAGGAAGGAAGUUAUUAUCUUCCCAUUCAAGUAUUGUCCAUUCAGUGUCUUGCCUCAAACUGGAUUUAGUGUUGAUUAAAGGUAUCAGGUGGCAGUUUAGAAUUUCCAUUCAGUAUUGGCUGUCCACAAAACAGUUUUGCAAAUACACACUGAGUUUCACCUCACCAUUCCUUUCUCCAAAAGAUCACUUUAAUUUCCAUUUCUAGGACCUUGGUUUACAUAAACUGUGCUUUCAGUUCAUUUUUGUUUUUCACGUCUCUAAAACUUUGAGCAUUUUAUUAUAAAGCAGAAAUUUUAUUUUAUAUAGCAUUGUAAAAUACACUUCUAAGAGUUUUUAAAAGAGAUCUAACUUUUUAAAUCUAUUCAGCAUAAACUUGGAUUUUUUUUCCAUUUGACAAAAGUAAUACAAUUCCACAGAACUAGACUGGCAGAUUGUCUGAUUUGUAAUGUUUCACCUGUGAAGUUUUAAGUCUCUCUGGUGCUAAGAGUUGGCACUUUGUGACCUGGUGUCUUUACUCUUAAUUUGAGAGAACCUACUGCUAGUCCCCAGGAAACAUACUUGAAAUAAGUCAACUAUUUUUUUCUCAGUGAUAGUAUAAUCAUCAUAUUCAAAGUUCAUAUUGUUCAAAGCUGCAGAACUUGUCCUGUGUAUGUGCACACACGUGCACUUAGUUCAAAUGCUAAAAGUAGCUUUUAUUUAUUCUACUAAAUAUAAGUAGUCAAAACCAAAAAACACACACAAAAAAAUGUAAGUAGUGAGUUUUUCAGUUGUGUCCUAUUAGGAAAUCUUCCACUUAUGUAGUUUACCACCCAGUGUGAAAAAGAUAUAAAUUUAUUCACAUCAUAGUUCUUGGGUACUACAUUCUCCUAUUUAAUUUAUAUAUAACUUCCAUCUUACAGUUAAGAACCAUCACUUAUUUGGAUGUCUUUCAUUACUAGCACUAGUAGUUGGCUUUUUUUUUUUAAGAUCCAUUUUUCACACAGAAGUAGUUUUAUUACUUAAUGAAAGUUAUAUCGAUAAUACUGAAUAGGUGGCAACAAAGCAACAUUGUGAUUCAAAUGCUGGGUGGUUAACUAGGUUCACUCAUCAACUCAUUCCCCUGUCUGUUUAUUCAAAUCUCAAAUUUACAUAUUACUUCCAUGUUAUACUGUCUAUUAAGAUUUGCCCCAAAAUAGUUGAAAUAAUGAAUGCUAAACCUGUCAAUAUUUUUCAGUAACAUUAAGCAUACUGCAUGGGAGAGACCCAAUAUUAAAGAGUUUUUUUAGUGCUUUAUGUGAUAUAAAUUUCUUUCUUAUAGCUAUAAAGAAUUAAGUCCAAUUAAAACAACAAAAUGCCUCUAAGAUGUCCUAAGCAUUGGAUCCCAGUAAUACCAAUGGACUUUGCCUAUAGUAAGGGCAUUAAUGAAUAGGUAUAUGUCAUUAUAGAAUUUGUCAAAUUUCUUUUUGAUGUCCUGUAUAGAAUUUGACCGAAACACACUUCACCCCAAAGUGUCAGCAUUUUUAAUUUCAUUUCCCAGGAGUAAGUAAACUAAUAGCCCAUCCAUUUGCCUUGAAAUAUGCCCUAAGUCACCCCACAAGUCCAUUCAGGAGGCAGGUACCCUAUACCAUUUGUCAGCCAUGGCCAAAUCUGCCAUGGUCAGGUGUCAGUAAAAAUGAUAAAAGUAAUCAAUUGGCCCAUUAAGGUAUAAUAUGGUGUCCCUUUAUCUGCCUUGUGUUCUUUAACAGUUGUUUAUAAAGUUCUUUACAUCUCAGGUAUCAGGAUAAAUCUGCAAUGUUAACAUUUCCCCCCAGGAAAUCAAAAGCUUGAAGUGUGAGUCUAAAGAGCUUUCAGUGCUCUAGAUAAUAUAAAUUCUGGCUGGUGUUAAUGUUAUGAAGAUAAUGUGUAGUUAAAAAGUAGAGUGGGCAAGGAAUGCUGUUCACUAUGAGUGGAUAUAAAGUUUCUUUUGCAGUGGAUGGAGGAACUUGACUGGUUUGUAAAACCUUAGUUCGAAAUUAUCUUUUUAAAUAAAAACCUCAUUUGGAGAUUAGCUACUUUUAGUCAGUAAUGAAUAAUUGUUAGGAUGUGCAGAGGGGAUUUUUUCUCACAUGUAUAUAUUAAUAGCAACCUUGUCAAGUAGUCACAACAAGGAUUUCAUAAAUAAUUUGUAAUUAGCACAGUAUAUUCAGCAGCAUAACUCUACAAAUGGUACCUUGUACUAGUAAGUUAUUAACUACAUCAGAACUUAUGCAUAAUGCUUAUAUUAAUACCUUAUGUAUAGUUCAGUUUGAACACCGAAGGUCUGUUUCAGUGUCCCUCAAAAUGUGGUUCACUGACCUACUGAAAUCAAAAUUUGGGGAUGGGGUCCAGGAAUUUGUAUUUUAAUAAUCAUCCCAGAUAAUUCCUAAAUAAUGUCUAGUCUACAUGCCAAGUGCUUCAUUAGUAGUUAUGAAUAGAAAAGUAGGGGAAAAAAGGUGUUGACACUAUUUCUAAAGAAAAGCCUGGAAAGUGAAACAAGCAAGUACAUAUAUAAUUAUAAUGCAGAGUGAUAAAUCUAUAAGUAUCAUAGGAUACAAAAGAGGGACUAUUUAAACUUGAGAAUCCAAUAGAGAUAGCAGUGGGUAGGAGGACAGUUAAAAAACCUUGGUGCCACAAAAGCCAAGUAUGGAUGGUAUUGCCAAUAAUGGCUACCAUCUGUUGAGUGCUUUACUAUGUGUCAGGUACUGUAUUAUAUAGUCUCUGUUUCAACUGUACCUCAUUUUACAGAUACUCAAGCACAAGGAAGUUGUUAUUUGUCCAAACUGGAACCAUAAUUCAAACCCAGGAAGGCUCUGAAACACAUGCUUAACCACUAAAGAUGCCUUUAAUUGCUGUAUACUGCUCAGUGUUCAAGUGGUUCUUGAUUAACAAAAUCUGUUUUUAUUAGUAGUGCAAAAGAAACACCACACCUCAUAUAUUAGAAAAAUAUCAUGAAUUCAAUAAUGGAGUCUUAACUAAGGAGAUAUAUGUUUUCUAGAAUUGAGUAGCUGAGAAUAUGUGUACAUGCAACUGAAAGGAAUAAUGUUUAAUCAGUGGUCCUUGCUAUAUACAGGAAAGGGUGCAGUUCUGUCUUUCAAAUCUGUCUCCCUACCACGUUGGCUUUCAUCCUUCAUACUAUUUACUUGUGUUUGCUAGAAGGUUGCUGCUGAGCUAGAUGGCAUGCCCAUGUUAAAGGCAGGAAAAAAAAUAGGAAAUGGUCUGUGCCAGCUAUCUAUAUGCCCGUUUAUGAGGAAAAGCAAAGCUUUCUCAGAAAUUCCAAACAGAUUUUCCUUUGCCUUAUUUGCCUGACCAGUUAAAUGGCCACUGCUAGCUGCAAACGAGGCUAGGUACAUAGCUGCCCCAAUUAAUCAGUAUUCUGUUAGCAAAGAGAAAAGAGAAAGCAAAUAACAGUGUCUGAAUGUUACACUGUCAAGUCCUUUUUCCUUGAAUAUUGGCUUUAACAAGUGUAAGUAGUAUUAACUCCAUCAGUGUGUUGAUGUUGAAUAGCACUGGGCUGUAGCAGACAUCUGUCAUUUCUUUUAUGUCUGCUCAGUAUCCUAACUCCUGUGUUUAGGGAAUCUCUCACCUAAUGAAGCAGAGCCUUCCUCCCUCCUAAAGAAUUUGUAAGUGCCAGAUACAUGUUUCUCAGUGUCCUUUGCAGCUAGGGAAGAUAACAUCUGCCUUAAACUUUAAAGUUAAUGAUACAAAGAUACAGGGAACCAUGCAGAAUCCUUUGAAGACGCUGACCAACAACAUUAGCUACUGCAUUCAGAUCGACAGAGAACCAGCAGAAGUGAUUUGUUUAGUGACAACAUUCAGUUGCCAGAAUUGGCAAAGUCAGUGGUGUAAGCUGCAGUGUCUGCCCAACCCUGGAGACAAGUCGGGUCUUCAUUGAAGCAAUUCUCAGAUGUCAUUAGACACUGUGUAGCCUCUAAUUCUGGUUCCCUGGCUGUCCUAGAGAUCCUGAGAAUUACUUUUAAUAAAAUCAUUUUUUGUUAAAAUUAACCUGACUUGCCUAUCAAAAACCCUAACUGAUAAAAUAAGCAUAGUUUUAAAAACAACCAUGCAUAUAUACAUUUUAUCAAUACUUUAUACAUAAUUUUGCACUUAAUGUAAUAUUUGACACAUAAAAGGAUAAAUAUGGCAUGCAAAUAAUCACACAUAAUAACUCAUUACCUAACUUCAGAAUUAUAACAUUACCAGUACUUUGCAUUUAUUCAAGUUCCUCUCCUAUCUUUUCCCACCCCCUCUUUUUCAUAGUUUUAUCACAUGUAAAAGACCUAAAGUAUAUAUGUAUCCCUAAAGUGACUUAUUUUUUAGUUUUGUUCCUCUGAACUUUUGAAAAA